UUGUACCGUUGGUCACGUCCACCUCCCGGGCCUUCAGACUGGUGCUUCUCCAUUAAGAACCUUUCCAAAUAAUUCUUGCGCUACCACAAGAACUCUUGACUCCAGACUCGCAUCACACCGUGCCCUCAUUGAAUCUGUCUGUAAUUUACAGAUCAGAUUUUUAUGAGGAAAGAACAGAUCUGUCUGCCUGCCCAGAGAGAAAAUAUUUCUAAACAGCAAACAAAGUAGCAUUUUCAUAAGGGCACCUAGUAACAUUAUGGGAAAUACUUCCCAGACUGAGUAGGGAAGCGUGCUUCCAGUUACAUGUAAUUAGUGGCAAAAUCCAACAGGUGGCACAAAAGUAUUUGAAUUUUAUAUUGAUUUAAAUCAUAUGCCCUUAAAUUACCAAAUAAACUACAGGGGUAUUGAAAAAAAAAAAGAAAAAAGAAAAAAAGGGGAAAAAAAAGAGGGAAAAGCGUUACCGCCGUGCCGCGAACUAGGCCCUGCCUCCGCUGAGCGCCGGGAGGCCCCGGCGGCGGCCGGCGGCUCCCUGCCCCGCGGGCAGCCGCUCCCCGAGCCCCUCUCCCCACUGCCCCGGCAGGGGACACACCGCUACCCCCGGCCCUCCUCCCCCGCGGCAGCGGCGGCAGCGGCGGGACCGGGGCCGGGCGGGGGCUGCCCUCCACCCCCCGCCCCCGCGGCCUGCGCGCCUCCCCGCCCUGCCCGGCCCGGCCCGGCUCGGCCCGGCCCGGCCCUGCCCGGCGGGAAGCGGGGCGGGCGCCCUCCGCUGGCCGUCGCAGGGAGCGGAGCGGGGCCCGGAGCGGCUCCCGCCGCGCCGCCUGCCUGCAGCUGUGCCCGGGUUCUGUCUCCUUUUGCACCUGACUGGGCGACCUGCAUGGGCUCUGGACCUGGCUUGUCACUUUGCCUUGUCUGGGACUGUCAGAGGGCCCUGUUACCAGCUUUCCAUACUGGACAAAUAACGAACACUGAAAUCGUCAAGUCUGAGAACAGCACGAUGAGACAUAAAAAUCACAGAUAAGUUUCUGUUGACAUUCUUCCACUAUUAGAAAUAAGCUAUCAUGAAGAAAAGAGAAAACCGACAGAGGGUGGCUGGAAAAAUUAUUUAUUUGAAUGGGGGAAAAAGGGGAUAUGUCACACUUCCCUUUCAGUCUUUUUCAAAACAAAAUUACAAUCAAGGUAUUCAGUUCAAAUUCUGAAAUUUAAGCUUAUUAUAGAAAAAAGAAAUAAAUUGUCAAAUUCAAAACUUUCUGAUUAACACAAAAUUAUUCUACCUAAGGUUUUUGGCUUACUACAUUAUCUGUAUUUUGACAGUUUUUCUUCAAUUUCAACACCUCCUGUCACUGGUUCCAGAUAUUAUGCAGCUACUUUCUUCCAGCUGGAAGGGGUAGUGGAAGAAAAAGUGGAUGGAAAAGGUAAUGAACAGGAUCUUGCCAAGGGUGAAACAAUGGCCACUACAGUUGUCACUGAAGUGCUCUUCCCACUAUGCAUACCAUUUUAGGGUGCAUCACGAAGAAGCAGACCGAGUCAAAUGGCUAACUGCAGUAGCAAAUAGAUGUGAAGAGAUCUGAGGUCUUUUGUAGUCUUCAGAGACAUUGGCCUUAUGUCUUCCUUUGCUAAGAAAGAGAUUUCUACCAUUCUGGAUGGCAUUAUUAUUAUUCCCAGCACGUGGUAAGCUUUUUGUGAUGAUUUCCGGAAAGGAUGCAUAUGUGGAUGAAGUAAUAAACUACAAUGUUGGGAAUGAACUAGCAAUGACUGUAAUCACUGAAUAAUUUUAAUCCCCCCUUUCACAACCAUCAGGUGUGUUUUAUAAUUUUUCAAAUUCAUAUUUGAAUUAUUCUAUCUUUUUUAUUAUUUCUAUGACCAUAUGUUGAGCUUCAUGAGCAUAUGGAGUAUUAUGGCCUCUGUAAUUUGGGUGCCUGAGCCAAAGUUGCAUAUUAAGUUAUUCAGCCCAUCUUUCCCUUCCUGACAGUGACCCCACCUUCUCAGUUAGGAUGAAAGGUGGACCAGUCCUAAGCCUCAUCAAUAUUCCAGAGGUAAGGGUCUUUUCCAGGAGGUGAGGGCUAUGGAUUUCAACUCCUGGAGGCUGCAGGAGUAUCCAGCACUUUGGUCCCUUAGCUUUUAGCUGAGUGAGCUGUCUGGUAGGCCACUAGUGGAAAAGAAGUGUGCUUCUGAGCUCUGGCCUGGGCUGAAUUCAACAUUGUCCAAGUACAUUAGGAAAGGUCUAUAUGUGCAUGAUGGAACAGAGACAGUUACACACAUCUUCAACCAUCUCUCAGUCCCAUCGCAGAUUAAGAUGUGUAUUAGUUUAGAGAAGGGUAAUGCAUUUACGUGACUGUCUCAGUGCUUUAAGAAACUGUCAUCCAAAAUGGAGAUACGAGUUGAUGGUAGGCACCCCUGCACAUAGUGCUAGAGAGCAGACAUUUGUCAGAGGUUCACUGAGUCUUCAUCUCAGUCCAGGUGGAACUUACAUGAUCUGCAUCUUAAAGCACAGUUUUAACCUAAAAAAUGCAUAUAUGUCAAAUUCCAUGAGUCAGAACUAGACCUCUUCCUAAAAUAUAUGCCAUAUUCAACCACAGACUGCUUUUUUGACUUUACAUCAGCAUGAAAACACUUAGUGAGAGAAUUCCAUACCUAUCCUGACCAAAGUCCUCACUUAAACGAUUGUAGUUGAGACCCUUUAAAGUAAUCUUUCUUCAUAGGAAAAUAAGCCAGGAAGGAUAGAAAAUGACAGAAUCAACAACUGAGAUCCAGAACCAGCCUACUGUAAAAUGUUUUUGUGAAUGCUGAGGAUACAGUCCCCUCUGGGUGAAAGUAGAAUGUCUCAUAUGCCAUUAGGGUUGACCAGUGUAGGCUUUUUUGGAAACCUGUAUUCAGUGGGCAUCCAUGAAUGUUCAGUUUAUAACAGAAAAAUUGUUUUCCUAGAAUUUCCAAAAAACCCAGUACGUUACGCACAUGAGUUUAAGAAAAAAAAAUUGAGACAGUGCUUGUUGGUCCUGAUUCUCCAGUCUAGUAGAACCUAGGAAUACAGAGGUUACCUUCUCUGCUGGGUGCUCCUCUGUUCUCCUGCUGUGCUACUGUGCUUUCCGCUGCACACGUGUCUGCCCAACUCUAAGAAUUUUAGCCCCGUUUUCCAGUCCCAUCUGGUUUACACCUUCCUUCCUAGGGUCAGCUCUUGAUAUACCGCUUUUAGCCUUAUGUUUUUGUUCUCCUGCAAUUUCUUGAUUCCCCAAGCUCUGUUCCAUUUGAAUUACAGGGAUAUUCUUUCCUGAAAUGUGAGGGUUACAGAGUCCUGUCCCAGCUGGAGAUUGUUUCAAGGUCUAGCCAGAAAUGACAGAAAUUUUUUUAA